AUGCUUCCCUUCCAGUCAAUUCUCCCUCCAACUACCGUUCACGGAGGAAUUCUUCCCCACUGGCUUUUGUUCAUCUCGGUUGUUUCGGUAUUCAACUCAGCUCAGAACUACUUGAUCAAAGACUUGAGUCUCACUAGAAAGGUGUAUUCAGCAGCCCCAACAACUGAAGUUACUAAUCUCAGUGCAAGAACUUUUGGAACAUGGACUCUUUUAACAUCCAUAGUCAGACUCUACGGUGCAUACAAUAUCGUGGGCAACAAACAGAUGUAUGAUCUCUGUAUCUGGACAUUUGUGGUUGCUGGAGGCCACUUUGCAUCAGAAUGGCUUGUCUUCAAGAAUUGCAAGCUUGAUAAGGGAUUGGCUGGACCUUUAAUUGUGGCCUCCACAAGUUUGAUCUGGAUGUUCAGCCAGAAGGAAUUCUAUGUGGGUGCCUAA